AAGGUGCCAAAUCCGAACAUCUGAGUAAUCUCGAGUCAUUCUCGCAACGAUGAAGAACAUCAUUAUCUUGGCUGUUUUGGCUACCUUUUGUGGCUUGCUGAAUGUUGUUCAAGCCCAAAUACGUCAGCAAUGCUACGGCAACCACGAGGUCUACCUCCUGUGUGGACCCUCGUGCCCUCCGACCUGUGACUCGCCGAGCCCGAAGGUCGACAAUUGUCCGGCCCACUGCAUCGCCGGCUGCUUCUGCGAGCCCAAGUAUCUGCGCAACGAUAAGGGCAAGUGCGUCAAGCCGAAAAACUGCGAAAAACUGACCUUCAAGAGUGUAUUUAAGAAGCUUGGAUAGGCGUGAGUGAAUUACAAGAAAUAAAGUUAUUUGAAUAUCAAUCGA